AUGGGCCGCAUCUGCACCAAGACCAUGAAGAAGGCGGCCCGGGUCAUCAUCGAGAAGUACUACACGCGCCUGGGCAAUGACUUCCACACCAACAAGCGCGUGUACAAGGAGAUCACUAUCAUCCCCAGCAAGAAACUACGCAACAAGAUAGCCGGCUAUGUCACGCAUCUGAUGAAGAGGAUUCAGAGAGACCCUGUCAGGGGUAUCUCUAUCAAACUGCAGGAAGGAGAGCGAGAAAGGAGGGAUAAUUACAUCCCUGAGGUCUCAGCCCUGGAUCAGGAGAUCAUUGAGGUAGAUCCUGACACCAAGGAGAUGCUGAAGCUUCUAGACUUCGGCCGUCUCUCCAACCUGCAGGUCACUCAGCCUACAGUGGGGAUGAAUUUCAAAACACCACGUGGAGCCUUUUGA